CGCGCAGGACCCGUCCCUGCAGCGGAGAGCAGCAGCGCAUCCAUCCUGCCGCGGAGCCGGGAGCGUGGAGCCGCGAGGAGCGCACUCACACACACACACUCACACACACACGGAGAGGGAGAGAGAGAGAGAGAGAGAGAGAGAGAGAGAGAGAGAGAGAGAGAGAGAGAGAGAGAGAGAGAGCCACAGAAGAUGGACGGAGUGGUAUCGUUCGGAGCGGGCCGAGCCGGGGCCACUAUCGACCCCAUAGCCUUCGCCAAACAGCCGACCACCAUCCUCAGAGUCCUGUCCUGGAUAUUCUCCCUGGUGGUCUUCGCCUCCAUCGUGAACGAGGGCUACGUCAACUUCGGCAGCGAGCGUCUCCACUGUGUCUUCAAUCAGAAUGCAGACGCGUGUAACUACGGCGUGUUCAUGGGCCUGGUGGGCCUGCUGGCGUGCUCCUUCUUCUUCCUGCUCGACUACAAGUUCUCUUCCAUCAGCUCCGUCAAAGACAGAAAGAAGGCCAUCAUGGUGGAGAUCGGCUUCUCGGGUUUCUGGACCUUCCUCUACUUUGUAAGUUUCUGCUUCCUGGCUAACCAGUGGUCUCGGACUGCAUCUGAAGAUCUGCCACUCAACCAGGGGGCAGACGCAGCCCGGGCGGCCAUCACCUUCUCUUUCUUCUCUAUAAUCAGCUGGGCUGGUCUCACGGUGCGUGCAGUCCAGAAGUACAUGCUCGGCACAGACAUGACUCUGUUCACCACAGAGCACAUGGAUGGCGGCGCGCCCACCCAGCCGUACCCCUCCAACUCCCCAGGAGCGGUCACCACUGAGACCACAGAGACCUACCAGAGCCCGCCGUUCACCGAGAACAACGCAGCACCUACGUACCAGGUUCCCAUUUACUAGAGGAGUAAGACCUGAAGAUGGGAGAGGAGAGUCUGGGAGAGGGGAGAAGAGGGAAGUGAUAUAAAACUGCUGUCUGCAUUGUAACACCUGCAGUUGUUUGUGUGUGUUAAUCUGAGCUGAGUUUCAAUAGUCGUUCAAAAAAUCGGCCUCUUCUUCUUUUUUUCCUCUUCUCGUUCCCGUAACAUUCCAGCUUUUUCUGCACUUUUCUACACCUCUAUUCCACACGCCGUUUCCUACUUUAGCACAUCCAGCGGCGUCAGGUCAGAGCAGACGAGAAACAACAAGAGGAGGGAAUGUAGAAGAGGAGGCCGCUGUGCUGCGUUCAAACACCAAAACAUAACAGAGAUGAAGGGAUGGAGAGGUGUGACUCAAAAACAAAGCAGCGUUAGAUGGAUAUAGUGCAGAAGGCAUUCACGUACAGCUCCUUCAUCCUUUUCUUUUCUUUCACUCCAGUGUUAAAUCCCCCCUUCAUGCCAAACAGUACGGGGAAUGUGUUUUUUCAGCUACGGGUCUCCUCCCUCUUUCCCCGCUGCAGUUAAAGUGAUCAUGUGUGUUGAAUCUGCAUGUUUCCAAACUUAGACAUCAACUAAGUGCCAUACUGUAACGUGUGUCUCAGACAGUGACUUACUUUAGUAGACUUCAACAUGCUGUAAAACACAACGGCGACAAUGUUUUGUGACCAAGUGCAAUAUCUCACAUUCUUCUGUAGGUCUGUAGGUAGGUGUAACGUGUGCUGUAGGUAUUUACAGUCAGAUAUGACAAACUGUAGACUGCACUGUCUCAAAUCACAUACUAGUGUUUGAAUUGUACUAACAAAUCUCAGGCUUAUGUUGAAUUAAAGUAGUUAAUCUGACUUUGAUUGAGCUCCUCAGAUACGGAGAGUUGCUGGAUUUCCAUCAGAGCCUUCAUCCACGUAAGCUUAGGACCCUUCAGUAUAAGUCAAGGUAUUUUUACGUCCUCUCAUCAGUGUUAUCGUCUUCCUGUGAAUCAUUUUAAAAACACACUUCACAAACGUUUCUGUAACUUGGCACAGCAGCUGUAUCUGGGUACUUCUCUCAGUUUCUCCGGGUUAAUCAUUGGGUAAACUUUUAAUCCACACUGAAUACCUUUUCAAUCUGUUGUGUUUCUGUGCCAGGCAUGGAUGGAUUACUGGAUUGGCUCAGCAGGCACAGGAGCCGCCUGACCCCUCAGGCCAGAAACUCUUUGAAUUAGACGACUUCAAAAAACACAAUACGUGACUGCAAAGGAGUUACAGGGAAACAACACUUUACAAAGAAAAGCAUACAAGAGAUUAAGACAUGAGAAGAACAGCAAAGAGAACAAAGACUCAAAACAACAACAAAGACACAAACCCUUUAAAGAGACGAGCAACAACAAAGACACAAAAUGACGACUAAGUGACUUCAGAGAGAAGCAACAAAAGAUUUAAAGACCACAAAGAAACGACUUCAAAGAUACUCAAACUACAGAAACAUCAAACACCUUAAAGAGACAAGAAACAACAACUUCAAAGACUCAAAACGACAACAAAGAUACUCAAACUACAGAGACAUCAAACCCUUUAAAGACACGACAACAAAGCGACUGACUUUAAAGAAACGCAAAUGAUUCGAAACAACAACAAAGAUACUCAAACUACAGAAACCGAUAACACUUAAAGAGACAGAAAACGACAACAAAGACACGAAACGACAAUAAAGUUACCUACUGUGACUCUAAAGAGAUGCAAAAUGACAAACUAUUUGAGACGACAACAAAACAACUUCAAAGAUUCUCAAACUACAGAAACAUGAAACACAAGAGACAAGAGACGAAGACAGAAAUGAAACAACAAAGACACAGACAUAAAGCGACAAUAAAGUUACCUAGUAUGACUUUAAAGAGACACAAAUGUCAAACGAUUCGAAACAACAACUUCAAAGAUUCUCAAACUACAGAAACAUCAAACACUUAGAGAGAAGAAACAACCACAGAGAUGAAACCACUACAAAGACACAGAAGGACAACAAAGUUACCCAGUGUGACUUUAAAGAGACGCAAUUAUCAAACGAUUUGAAACAACAAAGAUACAUAAACUGCAGAAACCUGAAACACUGAAAGAGAGAAGAGACUGCACCAAAGACAAAACAAAGACACAAAAUGACAAAGUGUGACUUUAAAGAGACGCAAAACGACGACAGAAAGCGUCCAAAAGACAGAACUGAAGAGAUACAGACCUUAACGACUACAAAGAGACAGAAGGUAAAAACUGAUACAGAACCCACCUCACAGAGAUGUUGUUGUUUUGUGUUCUUUAAGUUUGGAGUCUUACUUUAACCUUCGAGGGUUGGGCGGCCUUAUGUGUUCACGUGCCAAGAAGGCCGGACGUCUUAUUCUCCCUUUAUGUCACCAGGGAAUGUACGUAGGUGUGUUAUUUGAGACAGUCCUCUGCGGGGGCGAGUCGGGUGCCUGUUUAUGUUUACUUUUUAGAAGCUGCCAAACUGCCCUCUGUUCUUAUUGCUGUCUUUUUAUUACUACAACAACGUGUUAGCGUCCGGGUAUGUGUGAUCGCAGAGCAGACGGGGGGGGGGGGGGGCACAGAUGAGCUUUGGGUAGCUGGAGGAUUCGGUCUCAGGAUGAAGGAAAAAGCUGUUUGUGGGAUGGUAAGGAUCUCUAGCUGGCUAAUUUAUUGAUCCUGCAAUCCUGCCGUUGAAGGAGGGAGGGGGGGAGGGGGGGUUGUUGCCAUGAUGAUCUGGACGAGGUUGGGUGGAUGAGGGUCAGUGAGGGCCCUCGAUGUAGAUACCAUAUCUGUGUGUAGCAGUGUCUGUGUUGUGGUUCACGUAUACUUGCCAUCAGAGAACCUGUAAUUUAGUGUGCAAGUGUGUGUGUGUGUGUGUGUGUGUGUGUGAGAGAGCAUGCCUGAGAGACGUGUGGGUCUGCGUGAACACGUGCGAGUGUCUGUAUAGGUGUGUAAAAAGUUUCUGUGGUGCAUAAAAGUUAUUUUCUUGAACAUGUGUCGUCAAAGUUUUAGGAGGAAAUCACGUCUGUUACUAAAUCUAUCAUUUGCCCAGAAUAGAAAUAACCUUCCAGCUGAAUAUAUUAUCAGAAAUAUAAAAAGUAUACAAGUAAGAGAUUUUUAUGAGCAGGGCCAAUAUCAAAACUUCAAGUUAAAGAUGCUUCGCCUGAUAUUCUUACAUAUCAUGUGCUAACAGCGCCCUCUGCAGAUCAGAGACGGUACUGCAGCAUCAGGAAAACUGGCACUGUAAAAAAAAAAAUUAUGAUGCAUGAAAUUGUUGUAUAGAACUCGCUAUGUAUUGAAUGCUACGUCAUUCUUAGCUUGACAAGAUGUUUUCCAAAGUGAGAUUCGCCAGACACCGGUGCAGCUGACUCUCUAAAGUCGGUCGCACACCAAAACAAACCUUCAUUUCCGCGGUGACGUUUGUGCAACCUUGCGUGUUCGUCCCAAAGCUCCAAGGGGAAACUGUCCAAAGAGAUCCCCAGAGUCCAGGACCUUUAUCUGCACUUUUAGAUCCCACUUUUCAAGUCCCUAAAAGUUGCAUUUUCAGAGCGGAUGGGUUGCUUUCCUUCUUGAGAAAUCCUCUCACACAGAGUAAAGUGCAGAGGAGUAUUUGUCCUAUUAAAGUAAAUCAAAGCAGCCUUGUGAAAGGUUUAAUACGUAUAUUCAAACAUUUAAAGAAAUAUUAAUAUGUUGCUUUGAGGGUUUUGGUUGGAGAAAGGAGGGAGCUGGAGUUUCACUGGGUGGAGAUUAAAUCAAUCUGGUGCAUUCAAAGGACUGUACUGUGUAGGUUUUCAUGUUGCAGCACUUUAAUUCAAAGUAUGUUUAAAAAAAGACGACCUGAUGGGAACAGAUCUCUGGAUUAUUUCUUAAAUCUGACAUUUUAUGAGUUCAGCUCGCAAAAACUCAAGAUAGGAAAUGUUCAAAGUGACGCGUCGUUAUUUAUGCUACUUAAGAAUAUUUAAAGUAUCUACCAGAUUUCAUUGUGAGAGGCGAAGUCUGCCACUUAUCUUCUGAAAUGAAAAACUGAGUGGUUAGGGUUAGGGCAAAAAUGGCCUAAAGGUUAGGGUUAGGCAUAAAGUCCACUGACGGUUAGAUUUAGGCAUAAAGUCCACUGACGGUUAGGUUUAGGCAUAAAGUCCACUGACGGUUAGGUUUAGGCAUAAAGUCCACUGACCAGUUUGAUCAAAACAGCUAAAGGUGUAGUUUGAAAGUUGGGAAUUCAUUUUUAAUCUUAAAGGAAGAAACUCAACGUACAAACCAUGGUUAACCAGUGUGCUAAAACAUGAAAACACAAGUAUAGUUCUUUGAAUCUCCAGGUUUGACGGUCACCUGUAGACCAUGGUCCGGGGUAAACGGGGGCGUUGAUCGUGGCGUGAGGUGGGGGUACUUUUAGCGUAGUCUGGGGUACUGUCAGGUCAGGUUGUGUUAUUGUUCUCAGUGCUUCAGUCUCUUCUUCAGUACGUGUGGUAGAUAAAAUAAUAAAACAAGCAUUCUCUAUGUUUUGUGCUCUGGCCCAUGUACACUACCGUGGUAUUGGUUGAUUGUAAAAAUAAUUCACUAUGUUAUUGAAGUAAAUGGAACAUGUGUGUGAUGCUGUCUAGGGUCUGGUUUGUCCUGUACUACUAAAAAUGAAUAAAAAAAUAUGACUAAGGAUUAUUUAUUAUUAACUAGAAUGCACCGUUUGUUGGAUUAACGACCCGCUCUUAAAGGGGGCGGCCGGCACCAAACUCAGAGUGUGACGUGAUCACGCUGAGGUGUAACAGCUGAUGAUACGCGGUGCCAUCAGUCGUGUGAGUUGAAGUAUAAUUCAUUGCAUGGAUGUUACAGUAUCUCCCCCAUAAUAUGAAUAAAAAUUGAAUCCCCCAUCAGCCAACGAACGAGUAAAUAUUGUUUCUGUAGCGUUGCUCUCCCUUCAACAUGUUACUUUCUAACUGUUCCUUCCUGUUCUGAAGGUGUUCGAGCUCUUCAGUGUAAAAACACUGUACAGAGAUGUGUGUCACUGUCUAUUACCUGAAUGUCUCUGGACUGAAGUCUGACCGUCACUCCAAUAAAAAGAAAACAUUUUGGACUGCC